CUCUGCUCUGCACUCGUCUCUCAUGAAGGGAAGUUAAGUUUUGUUGUUGUUGUGUUUGUUAGCUGCUAACUUUAGCUCUGUAAACAUGUCUGACCUGCUAACAAAGAUAAAACACAGCGGGAAGGAGAAGAAGAAGACUUCUGUUUCUCAGACUGACUUACAGAAGCUCGGGUUAACAGGGAUCACGCUGCGGCCCUACCAGCUGGACGGGGUUCAGUGGCUGUCUGAGUGUCAGAGGAACCAGCAGGGAUGCAUCUUAGGAGACGAGAUGGGUUUGGGGAAAACCUGCCAGACCAUCUCUCUGCUGGUGUUCAUGUCCGGGUCUCUCGGGCAGAGCGGUCCCUUUCUGGUUCUGAGUCCGCUGUCCGUCAUGGAGAACUGGAGGAACGAGCUGCAGAGCUUCGCUCCCUCUCUGACUGUGUUGUGUUACAAAGGAGACAAAGAGAGACGGGCUACGCUCCAGAGAGAAACCAAACACUUCCAGGUUCUGCUCACCACGUACGAGCUGUGUAUGAAUGAUGCCUCCUUCCUAAAGCGGUGGAAGUGGAAGGUUCUGGUCGUGGAUGAAGCUCACAGACUGAAGAACGCAAACUCACUGCUGCACAGAACUCUGACGCAGUUCUCUGUGGGUUUCCGGGUGCUUCUGACGGGGACUCCGAUCCAGAACAACCUGCAGGAGCUCUACUCCCUGCUGAGCUUCAUCCAGCCGGCCGUCUUCAGCGCCAAGGAGACGGACGACUUCUGCAGCAAAUACGCCAACGUGCAAAACCAACCGGCUCUGGCCUCUGAGCUGCAGGGCAUGCUGGAGCCCUUCCUGCUGCGCAGAGUGAAGGCUGAGGUGGCCGUGGAUCUGCCCAAGAAGACGGAGCUGCUGGUUUAUCACGGCAUGUCGGCGCUGCAGAAGAAAUACUACAAAGCCUUUCUGAUGAAGGACCCGGAUGCUUUUGGAGGCGAUCAGGGCAGCAGGAACCGUCUGCUGAACAUCCUGAUGAACCUGAGGAAGUGUGUGGACCACCCCUACCUGUUCGAUGGAGUGGAGCCGGAGCCAUUUGAGAUGGGGGAACACCUGGUGGAGGCGAGCGGGAAACUGUGUCUGCUGGACAGCAUCCUGACUCACCUGCACAGAGAGGGCCACAGGGUGCUGCUGUUCUCUCAGAUGACGAAGAUGCUGGACAUCCUACAGGACUACAUGGAGUUCAGAAGUUUCAGCUACGAGCGUCUGGACGGGUCGGUGCGCGGCGAGGAGAGGAAUCUGGCGGUGAAGAACUUCAGCAGCAAACACAUCUUCGUGUUCCUGCUGAGCACCAAAGCAGGGGGCGUCGGUCUGACCCUCACGGCUGCUGACACGGUCAUUUUCAUGGACAGUGACUUCAACCCUCAGAACGACCUGCAGGCGGCGGCGCGCUGCCACCGCAUCGGGCAGAGCAGGCCGGUGAAGGUGAUCCGGCUCCUGGCCAGAGACACGGUGGAGGAGAUCUUGUAUUCUCGAGCGGUUUCCAAGCUGCAGCUCACCAACACGGUGAUAGAAGAGGGACGCUUCUCUCUGAUGGACCAGGCGCAGUCAGCGGCUGGAGGGCUAAAGCUCAGUGAGAUCUUGAAGUUCGGGGUAGAUAAGCUGCUGUCGUCGGAGGAGAGCUCGGUGCAGGAAGUGAAACUGGAGAAGAUCCUCGGUCCGUCUCGUGAGGGUCGGUGGGCGGAGGAAGACUUCAGUAACGUCAGAGAGGAAGAGGAGGAGAAAGAGGAAGAGGACAAACAGAACCACAUGUACUUCUUCGAGGGGCGGGACUACAGUAAGGACCCGAGCUCAGAGGACCAGAGCAGCUUCCAGAGGCUCCUGGAGGACCAGGAGGAGGUUCAGAGAGGAGGAGAGGGAAGAACGCUCAGACACAAAGCUGGA